CAUUUUUCUUAUAUUCCAAUUCCAUACUAUGACUUAAUUCCAACAGGUAAAUCCGCGGACUUGUACAGGUGUAAAAAUUAAAUGACUAUACAUGAUUGCCGGCACAUUCUGUGCUAUUUAUAACCGAGCUGGGAGAACCACGUUUUCGAUCUAUCUAUUGUAGUUAUAUAGGCCUGACACUGUGAAGUACCAUUAUACUCUGUAUGUUUUGGAGAUAGUUGCUAUUUGGAGAUAAAUGCCUGGCGUUAUCACGUUUGACGAAGGACUGGUAGUGUUAAGAGUAGUGUAAGGAAAGAAACUAACCGACAGAUGAGAAACAGCUGAGAUCAUCAUGGGUUGUGGUUCGUCGACCGAGACCAAGCCGACGAAAAGUCGCGAGACACACGACACCGUCAUCAGCGAUGUCGAUUUAGACGACAAUUUUAACGAAAAUUCGAAAAACAGAAAUUUGGGAAACUCGUCCAAGACCUCUUCAAGCCCCGCCAUUGUUGUAACUCCGGCUAAAGCAAACAAGCGUCAACCCUCCAAACCUCAGACAAAAAAGCAGAACACGACUCCUGUCGACGAGGGAAUCGAACUCGAGGCUUUAGACGAGGAAGAUUAUCCACCACAGCCAUGCAGAUUGAAGAAGAUUGAGAUAGUACCGGAUGUGAGCAUGUUUAAAAACAUCGACGACCAUGUGGCCAAGACUCCAAAAUCUGCCACAGCUUCUAUCCCAGAGCUCGCAACAUACCUCUGUCGGCCGGCAAAGAAUCAGCUAGAAAAAGUACGGUCCAUUUACCAAUGGGUAUCAAAAAAUAUCGAUUAUGACGUCGCUGGCUACCUCAAUCUGGGUGGAGCCCAACGGAAGUCCUGCGAUCCCGAGUCUGUUCUGCGCAACCGCAGUAGUGUAUGUCAGGGUUAUGCAGAUCUGGUUUUGUCUCUGUGCAAAGAGGCAGGUGUUCCGGUUAAGACUAUAUCAGGUUUUUCUAAGGGAUAUAGUUACAAGGCUGGCGUUGCCAUAACAACAAAUUCAGAUACCAACCAUGCCUGGAACGCAGUCUUCGUGAACAACGAAUGGCGUCUUAUCGAUUGUACCUGGGACGCUGGACAUGUAAGCGACAAUAAAUUUGAAAGGCACGAAGGAGAAUUUUACUUCUUAACAGACCCGGAUGUUUUUAUCAACGACCAUUUUCCGUAUAUUAAAAAGGAUAUGGCAAUGAGUCAGCAAUGGCAGUUGCUAGGCCAACCACGUGAUUUACAGACUUUCAGCAAGUUGGUUAAGGUACACAAACAUGCCGUUAGGUAUGGUAUUGAAUUAACGUCACAUAAGGAGGCAGUGAUCACGGUCAACAAAGAAGCAGUUGUCAAAUUUACUGCUAGAAGUAAACCUCUCGUCAAAGUAGGUGCCCGUCUCAGUGAUACGGACGGAACAUUGCAUGAUCAGUGCGUUUUCGUGAAGAAAGAAGGAGACACCGACUAUUGUGUAACUGUCAUACCUCAAAAACCAGGAAAGUACAACCUAAGUCUGUUUGGUAACCAGGGGGAACAGAAAACCUUAGACUGUCUGGUUAGUUACGUGGUGGACUGUAAAACUGUCGACAAGACAGCCAAACCAUUCCCUGUUCAUUUCGGUCUUUGGGGAGCAGAGCCUAAUUACGCAGAAUUCGGAUUCGACAACGCUGUAGCACAAAUGGCACGGUUUGAGUCAGAUACAGGAGAAUUAGAAAUUCGCCUUCCGGUCACAGAGCCAGUUAAGGCUCUUGGGAAGCUGGCCUUCUCAGAAGACGAGGAAGGCGACGAUCAAUUUAUCAUGAUGGAACAAGGUCAGAGCGAGCUCUUGAUUCAUGUACGAAUGGACAAAGGUGGUUUUUACAAAUUGCUCAUAUUUGCAAAAAAGGAAAACGGUUCAUCUUACGAAUUGGCGUUGCAGUGUCUCAUAAAUUGUAAAAAUCCACUCAAACAAUGUCAACCGUUCCCGAACGUCUUCCCUGAAGCUUUGGCAGGACGCAUGACUCUAGUAGAACCAAAAACAAAAUCACUUCCGUCAGAGACUGAAGUUCAUUUCUGUCUUACCUCCUCUGUUAUCGAUAUUGUUAGAGUGGGGCAUACUAACUUUGAAAGGGGAGAUAACAACACGUGGAAUUUUGAUGUGGUGACACCUUCAACGGGCGAAAAUAUGAACAUGUUUGGGCGUAUAAGUGAUUCUGGGGAUAGUUCCUACAAAGCACUUUACAAAUUCAACAUUGAAUGAUCGAACAUGCAAAUGUGAUCAUGUAGAUAAAAAUAAGAAUGCAAGACCGGUAUUGUUGCAUGAAUAAAUCUCUGAAACGUCCAGGAAAACUCGAUGGUAAAGGAUCUUAGAAAUUCCACUGUUCCCCUCUCCAUAUAUGUAUAUUCUCUA